AAAAACAACUACAAACCUCUCAAAUAUACUUUACAUAUAUAACUCUCUCUCUGUCAUCCCCUCCACAAUCUUCACUUACCAACCAAACCAAAUACUUCUCUCUCUUCCUUUUCAAUUUUCUUUCAUGGCUACUCAUACUCAAGAAAUCUCACGUGCCCCUCACAUGCAAUAUUUCACAGACGAUGACGACAGUGACAGCGUGGCAACAGAAGAAGAAGAGGAACAAGAUGAAGAAGAACAAGAACAAGAAGAUAAAGUAAUCAACAAAUACAAUUCCAAGAAUACCCUUUUCAUGUUAAGCAGACGUUUUGUACCUCAAAGAAGUGGGCGGUGGUGGACAUUAGGGCAAGUUUUAGACCCGAAAGCUAAGUGGGUUCAAGAAUGGAACCGGGUAUUUCUUCUGGUUUGUGCUACGGGUCUUUUUGUAGAUCCUCUCUUCUUCUACGCUCUGUCUGUGAGUGACACCUGCAUGUGUCUCUUCAUUGACGGGUGGUUUGCUAUUACUGUGACGGUUCUCCGGUGCAUGACCGAUGCUUUGCACGUCUGGAACAUGUGGUUACAGCUUAAUAUGGCUAAGAAACCGUCCGCCAGAGGUGGUGGUGUUGGCGGCGGAGAUGGAGAUAAAAGCGGGCAACAGUCUAGUAGCCCUAGCUCAGUGGCCCUGAGAAACUUGAAGGGAAUGAAAGGAUUUCUGUUUGAUCUGUUUGUUAUUCUUCCUCUACCACAGAUUGUGCUGUGGGUAGUAAUUCCGUCACUGUUAGAAAAAGGAUCGGUGACACUAGUGAUGACAGUAUUAUUGAUAAUGUUCCUCUUCCAGUACCUUCCGAAGAUCUAUCACUCGGUUUGCCUGCUCCGACGAAUGCAAAAUCUGUCAGGCUAUAUUUUUGGGACUGUUUGGUGGGGAAUUGCCCUUAACAUGAUUGCUUACUUUGUUGCCUCUCAUGCAGCAGGAGCAUGUUGGUACUUACUAGGAAUACAAAGGGCAGCAAAAUGCUUGAAAGAACAAUGCAGAGAAACACAGGGCUGUGGGCUGAGAUUAUUAUCUUGUAAAGAUGCUAUUUACUAUGGCGGAGCAGCAAGCAAGUUCAGAGAUGGAGGCAGAUUGGCCUGGGCAGAUAACAAAGUAGCCAGGGCUACUUGCUUGGACAGCAGUGAUAAUUAUGAUUUUGGUGCUUAUAAAUGGACCGUCCAGCUUGUUUCUAAUGAUAAUCGUUUGGAGAAAAUUCUUUUUCCCAUCUUUUGGGGACUCAUGACCCUCAGCACAUUUGGGAACCUAGAGAGCACAACAGAAUGGUUGGAAGUUGUUUUCAAUAUCAUUGUUCUGACAAGUGGGCUCCUUUUGGUUACUAUGUUGAUUGGAAAUAUCAAGGUUUUCUUACAUGCGACGACAUCAAAGAAGCAAGCAAUGCAAUUGAAGAUGAGAAAUAUAGAAUGGUGGAUGAAGAAAAGACAGUUGCCUCAAGAUUUCAGGCACCGCGUACGUAACUAUGAGCGGCAGCGUUGGGCAGCAAUGCGCGGUGUCGAUGAAUGUGAGAUGAUCAGCAACCUGCCCGAGGGACUUAGGAGGGAUAUCAAGUACCAUCUUUGUCUUGACUUAGUUAGACAGGUACCGCUUUUCCAACAUAUGGACGAUCUAGUUCUGGAGAACAUUUGUGACCGCGUCAAGUCGCUCAUUUUCACAAAAGGCGAAACGAUAACAAGAGAAGGAGACCCUGUACAAAGAAUGUUGUUCGUAGUAAGAGGACAUCUCCAAAGCAGCCAAGUACUCCGAGAUGGCGUAAAAAGCUGUUGCAUGUUAGGCCCCGGUAACUUCAGCGGCGACGAGCUCUUAUCGUGGUGUUUACGACGCCCCUUCAUCGAAAGACUCCCGCCAUCAUCCUCCACGCUCGUCACCCUCGAAACCACGGAAGCAUUCGGUCUCGAAGCUGAAGAUGUCAAAUAUGUGACUCAGCAUUUUAGGUAUACAUUUGUGAAUGAACGAGUCAAGAGAAGUGCCAGGUAUUACUCGCCAGGGUGGCGAACAUGGGCAGCUGUCGCGAUUCAAUUGGCUUGGAGACGGUAUAGGCAUCGGUUGACUCUUACUUCAUUGUCUUUUAUUAGACCUAGAAGACCGUUGUCGAGGUGUUCUUCUUUGGGUGAAGAUCGGUUGAGGCUUUAUACUGCCUUGUUGACUUCUCCUAAGCCUAAUCAGGAUCAUUUUGAUUUUUGAUUAUGGAGUUUUAUUGAUUAUUAUAUCAAAAUCUGUAAAGAUUUAAAGCAGAUUUUUGGGUGUCAAGAUGUUAAUUAUUUAUAACCUUUCCAAGAAAAAGAUGUUAUUUAUAUGUAAAGUUAGUUUUUUUUAUUGGUCAUUUUAGUGAA